AUGGUUGAUGGCAUUUUCUCUCACUUAGAGGGGCUUAGCCUCCUCAAUAAUAUAUACAUUGUUUAUAGUAGAAAGUCUUAUGGGUUUGAAGAGGAUAUUAAUAUACCCUUGAUCAUUUGUGGACCAAGAGUACGCGAGAAUGCGACCACAGACAUUGUCACAACGCAUACUGACCUGGCCCCAACAUUUUUCCGAUUACUUAGAAUCCCUUUGCAAAGCGACUUUGAUGGCUAG